UCGAGCAUGUCUCAGUACCGCUAGAACGUCGCUACCGAGCGGGUCGUCAGAACUUCAGGAACUUCGGGACUCGCGGCGUAUUAAGUGCCUGUAAAGUAAUAAUUACCACCCCGAUUAUAAGUGCUGAGAGCGGGGUAAUAGUUUGUUUGUCGAUCGGCACGAGUUUUGUUGCUCUAACAAUUGAUAUUGUCGAGACUGCCGGCUGAGUUGUUGUGUAUUUAGGUUUAGCUGAACUCAUCACGCUGCACUCUCGAGGAAUCGUUACGAAAGCCAACGAACAGAACGUUACGCCGAGGUUACGCCAUUAAUCUUCUGAUGAGUUACAGCAAAAAUACGCGAGUAAAAUGCGACCCGUAAUUCAAUAACCUCGUCCGUAGACAGACUCAGCCGAAUGGCCUGAUGUACGUCACCCUUAUCAAUGGACCAUAUGACGAUUCAACAAGCCUGGAACGGUGCCGACGACGACGACGAUUGUGUGUGAAGACUGUGUACGAAUCUACCCGGUGUAAAGUGUGUGAUCAUUAAGCAGAAGUAAACUUGAACCGGCAAUUGAUUAGGGAGCGGAGUUUUCGGUGAAGUGCUAGACUGUGGGGAGUAUCAGUUGAAUUGAGGACUCGCACGUGGAAGGACCGCGUGGUGGUGAAGAUCGUAGCGUAAUUCUCGAAGAAUCCGGCGCCAACAAAGCUAGCACCGAAAUGAUUGGAAUAAAGUACCUGAGCGAGGCCCACCUAAAGGGUUUCGAAAAAUACAAGUACAACAGCGUGGACACCAGCAUACUCAGCGUGUACGUGAUGCACCCGUUCUGGAACUGGCUGGUGCAGUUCUUCCCGCGGUGGAUAGCUCCGAACCUGCUGACGUUCACCGGCUUUCUGCUCACGGUGGUCAACUUCUUCCUGAUCGGGUACUACGACUUUGGCUUCACGGCGGCCACCAAGGAGGUCAAUCCGAUCCCGGGCUGGGUGUGGAUAUUGGCCGCCAUCAAUCUGUUCGUGGCGUACACGCUGGAUGGAAUUGACGGCAAGCAAGCGAGAAGGACGGGGACCAGCGGACCGCUGGGGGAACUGUUUGACCACGGGUUGGACUCGUACUCGACUCUGUUGAUCCCCUUGUACGUGUUCAGUUUGUUCGGGAUUAUGGAUCUACCCCCGGUUCGGAUGCACUUUGUGAUGCUCAACGCGUAUAUGAACUUUUACCUGUCGCACGUGGAAAAGUACAUCACGGGAGUUAUGUUUUUGCCCUGGGGUUACGAUUUCGUCAUGUGGCAUUUUUAAAUUUCAGGGCGUUUCGAUUACGUUGGGCCUCACGGAAUUUGUGGACCGGAGAUCUGGCAAAUGACUAUUUUCGGCGUUAAGCCUAGCUUGAUCUUCGAGUUGACUCUUUACAUCUCUGCUGUAUUGACGAGUCAUCCGAUUAUCAUCCACAACAUUUACAAAUCAUACCGGGACAAAACCGGUAAGAUGCGUCCGUUUGGAGAAGCAAUCCGGCCAAUGAUUUCCCUACUCUCGCUGUUCAUCAUCAGUACCAUUUGGGUCCUGGCUUCGCCCAACAGUAUUGUCAAUAUGGAGCCACGGAUGUUUAUUGUACUUAGUGGAACGAUCUUUUCUAACAUCAACUGUCGACUAAUUGUCGCCCAAAUGACUGAUACUAGGGCGGAUUGCUGGAAUGCUAUGCUCAGUUUGUUGACGGCAGCGACAAUCGUAUGUGCCAUUCCGUACGACCUAUUGGGACUGCCAAAGCUUUGGAUCGAGUACGAACGUAGCAUGUUGUAUGCGCUAGCAUUCGUGGUCACGGUUGGUCAUUUGCACUACGGACAGGGUGUAGUCCGGGAAAUGUGCAGCCACUUCCGGAUCAAGUGUUUCAAAGUAAGAAUAUCGUCUCACAGUAGCGUAGACAAUACUAAUACCAAAAAUGGCGGCUUAACUUCUAACAAUAAUCCCGCUAACAACGGCCGUCACAGCCGAAGAAAACUUAUGUAGACUUAGAUGCUAGUAGAAGCCAUAGCUAACAAGUGACUUGUUGUGUUUGUACUCUCUCGACUUUUUUAAUAAAACUCUAUUAACUUAUUGCUUGAUUA